GCCGUUUUGAGCUGUGCUGCUAAAGUGCAUGUUGAAGGUUAUGAAUGUGGUGUUGUAAGCUUUGCUCUACAAGUGUAUCUAAAAGGUUCCAAAUCCUAAAACACUUGAGACUUAAACACUCAAUUCUUGGCCUGAGACACUCAUAUCCAUGCAUUUACAGUCAUUGUCCUUGUACCUUCAAAACAUGGGGUGGUCUUAGGACUCAUCUAAGUCGUGCACAUAAUGCUAAGCCCUCUCGCACUGUAGAACAUGGUAUUUUGACUUGUCCUUCUUGUCCUGAAAGCCACAUAUCAACAAGCAGAGAAUACUUCCUCCAUAUUAAUAAACAUCUCAAGAGGUUGGAGACAGUAGAUUGUGUUUAUAAAAAUUGUUCUUUUAAAACCAAUGUAUAUGGUACUUUUCAGACACACAAGAAUAGAAAACAUUCUACAUGUACGUUAAGAGAUUUCAAAAAUGAAAUAGUGAAAAGAACUGAAUUUACAAGUGACCAUGAUCUUUCAGAGGAGUCUGCAGACGAAGGGCCUUCUGACUUGCAUAGUGAAGCUGGUUUAGUUAGUGAAAAUUUAGAGGAAGCUGUAGUUAAAAACCUUGCCUUGGUUUUAUUAAAGUUGGAGGUCUUUUCACAUGUUCCAACAUCUGCAAUUGAUCAUUUACUCGAGGGGCUACAUUUUUUAUUGACUACGUCUUCUUUACCCUUAACAAAUAGUUUAACUUUGGCUGUUCUCAAGGAACAUAAUAUCGAGGUUACUGCAUCGCUAGUGAGUGAGUUGUGCACUGCAUUAUACAGUGAAAAUCCACUACUGAAAAGUAUUGCGAAAGGAGGAUCACUUGAAACAUCAUUUAAGCGCAAGAAGUUUUACUAUGACAAGUUUAAUGUUGUUGUGCCAGAGGAAUAUGUUCUAGAGGAAAAAACUAACAAAACCUUUCAAUAUAUUCCACUGCUGAAGUUAUUGGAGCAGUUACUUCAACGUAAAGACAUUAUUGGAAAGCUGGUUGACAACUAUAAAAGCGGUCUUUCAAAUUCACAAUUGCUUAUGUAA